AUUUUAAAUCACACUUGGAAUAAUUUUCAUUCGCGGAUCGGUCUCGUGUAAGCGUCGAAAAGUGCUAUUAUUACUGAUAAAAAGUAAUGAAUCGGGCUUGCAAAUAGGUGAAAAUAAAAGAACUUUUCGUCGCGCGUUAGAAGCAAGUGUUAUCCGUGUGUUACGGGCACGGUUUAGUCCGUUUUUGGGCGAUGAAAAUAUUCUGGUGAAAAAGUUCUGUCUGCCGUGUGGAUUUCGCUUAGGUUUUUUUUUCUUGACGGCCUCUCCUGGGUAUCAAUGGUGAAAUAAAGGAAAGUGCUUUGAUAAUGUGUGUGGGCUGGAGUUGAUUAUUUGCAAGGGCAGCUAACCAAUCUUGAUAAGCGUUAGUGUGUGCUGUUUGAUUAGAAGUGUGAAUAGAAAAUAAAGUUUGAUUCUAAUCUGUUCGCGAAGUGCCACGACGAGUGCGACGUGGAAAUUUCUUGGAAAACCUCAGGAUUUGAUUUGCCUCUGGUGCUAAAUGUACGUGGGGUGAAAUGCGCAUUCUCUCACCCGAGCGAGCGGGAGGAUAGAUUGUCGCUUGGAAUGGUGUAAGACCGUGCGUUUGCAGACCCUAAGAUAAGCGCAACCAUUAUCAUUGGAUCGGGUAUUGGAUCUCUCGCAUGAUCUUGCAUACAGAAGGAGGAUGGAUUGAGGCACCAGUAGGGUCUACAACUGGCGAAGACACUACUGAAUGAAACCAACCAGCCGCCACAUUCGUACAGUGCAAUCUGCCGAAGACCAUUGCACUACUGUACGCAAGUACGCAGGAGAGCCCCCCCCCCCCCCCCAAAGCACCGAAAAUAAUUGCCAAACGAAGCACAAUUUCGAUGCUUAUUUCGGAUGUAAGCUUUCCGUUUGAUUAAGCCAUACGGUGAACCAACCAAAAGGCUGCACACCACAGCAGAAAUUUCAUAAUCGCAAAAUCAAAACACGAAACCGUUAUAAAUCGAACGCAAGCUUCAACAGUAGGAGAGAAGCCGAGCAUAGAAAACAAUCGCACAAGCGAGACGGGGUGAGGCUUCAAUCGCGGCGAAACUAUUCUGCUGCUUUGAGGUGGAUCAUUUCGUACCCAAGAACCAAUCGAAACUAGCUACCGAGUGGUAAAAAUCCAGCCUAGUGCCAAUUCGUGCCAAAAUUGCGAGAAUUGAAAGAAAAGAGUAACUUGAAAUCGGUGGAACCACACACACGGUCGGCGACCAUGAAAAGUGUCGCGGAAACAUUGACCAACGACGUCCGCUAACGCACGCAAGUUUAGCUCGUGAAAAAUUUCGGUGGUGUUUAGAUUUUUGAAAUCGCACCCCAGCCCAACCAACAUCUACGUCACAGUGCGUCCGUCCGCACCCCGGGUAACAGGCAACUGGCGAAUCUGUUUUCCUGCUGGUGGAUAGCUGACUGUGUAGCAGUAGCAGUCGUAAUUGUGUUCCUUAUAUAGUGCUAUUGCCAAGGAUAACUGUUUGGCUUUGGAUAUGGUUUUCUACUGUGCGAAUGUCUAGCAUCGCAGGGCUUCUAGAACUAAAUUAGUGCAAUAGUCUCUUGUUGGGCAGCUCGUCUAAAGUAAAAGUGAAUUCCGUUAAAAUCGAAAUAGUGAAAUAAUACUUCCUUGCAACGAAGAGGAAACAAAAAAUGAAAGUAGUAGUUUAAUUAUAUUGUUCAUCAGCGAGAUGAGCGUGUAAUAUAUAUGUAUAAUUAAGUGGGAUACGGUUACUAGCUAUUAUAUUGAUGAAAAGUUAAUGAUUAGAUGUUAAGCAGCACUGGAAUAGACUUCUACGUGCAUUCAAUCCAUUAUCGUAACUGCUACCAGUGAGAACAAGUGAUAACUACCGAAAAUUCGAUAUAUGAUUGUAACAGCCGUUUGAAACUUGCAUUCAAACAUGAAGAGAAUUCCGAGGAAACCGAGCAGCAGCAGUCUUCCCGGCUUCAGCAUGGACCGGGAAAGCUUGGCAGAAUGGGCAAAGGAUAAGCCACUUAGCAUACUGCAGUUGGACCCGGCAGAUCGUGCCGUUCUGAGAAUAGCAGACGAACGAGAUGCCAUACAGAAGAAAACUUUCACAAAAUGGGUCAACAAACAUUUGAAAAAGGCCUCCAGACGGGUGGACGACCUGUUCGAAGAUCUGCGCGAUGGACACAACCUUCUUUCUCUCUUGGAAGUACUAUCUGGCGAACAUCUUCCAAGGGAAAAAGGAAAAAUGCGCUUCCACAUGCUGCAGAACGCACAGAUGGCCCUGGACUUUCUGCGCUACAAGAAGAUCAAACUGGUCAACAUCCGGGCGGAGGACAUCGUGGACGGCAAUCCAAAGCUCACCCUCGGUCUUAUUUGGACCAUCAUCCUGCACUUCCAGAUUUCCGACAUCGUCGUUGGUCAGGAGGACAAUCUGACGGCACGGGAAGCCCUGCUCCGGUGGGCCCGCCUCUCCACAGCCAAAUAUCCGGGUGUCCGGGUGAACGACUUCACCAGCUCCUGGCGGGAUGGAUUGGCCUUCUCCGCGCUCAUCCACCGAAAUCGGCCCGAUCUCAUCGACUGGCGAGAUUCGAGAUCGCGCCGACCGCGGGAACGGCUCGAGCAGGCAUUCCAUGUGGUGGAGCGGGAGUACGGCGUCACCCGGUUGCUCGAUCCGGAGGACGUUGAUACUAACGAACCAGAUGAGAAAUCGAUGAUCACCUACUUGAGUUCGCUGUAUGAUGUCUUCCCGGAGCCACCGCAAAUCCAUCCACUCUUCGAUAUGGAAUCCCAACGAAGGGUACAGGAAUACCGGGAACUAGCCCAGCAGCUGCUGUAUUGGUGCCGUGAAAAAACCUCCCUCUUGCAGGAGCGUGCAUUCCCAACGACACUAAUCGAACUGAAGCGGCUACUGACCGAUCUAAAUCGUUUCCGAAGUGAAGAUGUGCCACCGCGACAGCGCGAUAAACAACGACUAUUUAGCAUAUACAAAGAAUUGGAAAAGUAUUUCGAAUCCAUCGGUGAAGUAGAUGUAGAGUCGGAACUAAGGCCUGAAUCGCUGGAAAAGGCAUGGCACAGAUUGAUGUCCGCGCUGGCGGAUCGCGACAUGAUUCUGCAGCAGGAAGUGCAGCGGCUCGAAAGGCUGCAAAAACUGGCCGACAAAGUGCAGCGAGAGUACAAGCACACCGAAACGGUAAUUACCAAAAUAGAAACUCGAAUCUCAGAGGAAACCCGCCGCAUCGAACGACUCCAUCCGGUCGAAGCGAAAAACAUCGUCGAGGGACUGGAAAGUGAAAUUCGACACCUGGAGCAGCCGCUCCAGGACAUGAACGAUGACUGCCAUAAUUUGAAGGACGGCCGAUACCCACAGGCUGGCGAACUGCAUAAAAAAGUCACAAAACUGCACCAGAGGUGGUCCCAGUUGCGCACUACAUUCCACACUAGUUUAGUACAAAAACUAUCCGGACUGAGCUAUCCCGUCCAAGAAACAACGAUCACAAAGCAAACUCGCGUCGUCACCGAAACUCGCCAAAUCGGCACAAAUCCAUACUUUAGAGACGUGCAAGAAUACACCGAGUGGUGUCAGACCAAGCUGAAACAACUACUCACCUCCGACUACGGGUCGGAUCUUCCGUCUGCCAAGGUGGAACUGGAACGCCACCAGCACGAGCACAAAGUGAUCGACCAGUUCCACUCGAAGAUCGCUCAAGCCGAACGGCAUCAGGCGAAUUUCAGCGGUGACGAGCUGCACCUGUACCAGCAGAAGCUCAGCCAGCUGCAGAAGAUCUAUGCGGAACUGCUGAGCACAUCGACCAAGCGGUUGUCCGAUCUGGACGCGCUGCAGGACUUCCUGUCGGCAGCGACUUCCGAGCUGAGCUGGUUCAACGACCGCGAGCAGAUCGAGGUUAGCCGCGAUUGGGCCGACAAGAAUCUGGAUCUGUCCGCCGUGCAUCGGUACUAUGAGAAUCUAAUGUCCGAGCUGGAGAAGCGCGAGAUCAAGUGCUUCGUUCCAAUCCUCGAUCGCGGAGAGGCCCUUCUAGUCCAACAGCAUCCGGCUUCGAAGUGCAUCGAGGGCCAUCUGCAGGCACUGCAGUCCCAGUGGUCUUGGCUGCUGCAGCUUACACUCUGUCUGGAGGUUCAUCUGAAGCACGCUACCGAUUACCAUUCGUUCUUCGACGAAAUCCGUGAGGCAGAGAACUGGCUUGCCAAGCGGGAUGACAUUCUGAACACCAAGUACUCCCAGUCGGAGUUCUCGCUGGACCAGGGCGAAGGGCUGCUACGAGGAAUGCAGGAUAUUCGCGAGGAGCUGAACGCCUUCGGCGAAACGGUCGCACAUCUUCAGCACCAAGCCACAACCAUAGUACCUCUGAAGCAAAGAAAGCAACCGGUCAACCGGCAGUGUACCGUGCAAACGAUUUGCCCCUACAAGCAGGGUAACAUUUCGCUGGAAAAGAACGAAUCCUGCACUUUGCUGGAUACAUCAGGUCGCGUAAAGUGGCGCGUGAAAACCGCCAAAGGAGUGGAAGGAUCCGUGCAUGGUGUCUGUCUGCUUCUGCCACCACCGGACCAGGAAGCGAUCGACGCCGCCGAUCGGCUGAAGCGUCUGUUCGAUCGUUCGGUUGCGCUGUGGCAGAAAAAGCAACUGCGGUUGCGUCAGAACAUGAUCUUUGCCACUAUCAAAGUGGUUAAGGGUUGGGACUUCGAGCAGUUUUUGGCGAUGGGUGCCGAGCAGCGGACCGCAAUUCGGCGUGCGCUGAACGAUGACGCCGAUAAGCUGCUGUCCGAGGGCGAUCCGGCGGAUCCCCAGUUGCGGCGGCUGCGCCGAGAGAUGGAUGAAGUUAACCGGCUGUUCGAUGAGUUCGAGAAACGCGCCAGAGCUGAAGAGGAAAGCAAACAAGCGAGUCGUAUUUUUACGGAACAGUGUAUCUCGCUGAAGACCCGACUGGAAGAGAUGGCUCGCGAGCUGGAUCAUAUCAUCCUGUCGCCAAUGCCGCGUGAUUUGGAUUCGCUCGAACAUGCCGUGCAGAUUUUGGAAGACUAUAAACGCCGGCUAGGUCUGCUGGAGCCGGAUCUUAAGCACUUGCAAGAAACAUUCCGUACGAUUACGCUGAAAACUCCGGCUCUCAAGAAGAGUCUGGACAAUCUGAUGGAACUGUGGAAGGAAUUGAAUACUCAAGCCGGUUUGCACGGCGAUCGGUUGAAACUGCUUGAAGGCGCUCUAGCCGGUCUGGAGGAUAACGAGCAAGUGAUUUCCGAUCUGGAGGGCAAGCUGUCCCGACAGCUGGAACUGCCUUCCACACAGGAGGGUCUCUACGAGGUGUUCAAAAAGCUGACCACCAUUCAGGAAACGAUUUCCGCCCAGCAACCGGAAAUGGACAAGAUGAACGAUUCCGCUGAUCAGCUAGGUCGCAUGGGUGUACCGACGAAAGUACUCAGCGAUCUGAAACGGUUACACUCGAACGUUGAGCGUCUGAACUCACGCUGGAAUAACAUUUGCGCCCAAUUGGCUGAAAGAUUACGAAGCGUGGAAACGGCCAUCGGAUUGAUGAAGAACCUUCAAACGAGCAUUGUCGUUGAGGAAACUUGGGUAGAGAAGCAAACCGAGAAGCUGCAAGCGUUGCCAACGGCAACUUCUGCCAGAGAACUGGACACCAUGCUGGGAGAGGCCAUGGAGCGUGCGCCAAAGAUCGAACAGGUUAAUCUCACCGGGGGCCGCUUGAUCCGUGAAGCUAAGAUCUACGAUGGCAAGUGUCUGCACUACAUCGACUGGCUGGUGGAGAUUCGACCGAGCUUUUCGCCUCCCCGGCAGGACCUGCGGCCACCGGACGCCGACCCGGGCGCCACCGAAGUGUACUCGAAGCGGCUGGACAUGUUGAACGGACGGUACGAAUCGCUGAUCGAGCAGUUGACGCAACGGCUCAAGACGGCGAUCGAGGUCAAUGGCGCGGACGGAUUGCGCUUCGCCGAAAGUCUACAUAAGCCGCUUCGAACCUAUCGGAUGGAGUUCAAUCUCGGCCGUCCAGUCGGUAGCAACGGUAAUAGCAGUAAUGGCGAAGACGGCUUCCAGGAAGUGACCGAAGACGUCUUUACUAGCACCUACUCGGCAACGCAGAUCACAAAAAUCACCAACAACAAGCUGAUCUACGACACGAUGGACGGUAGUAGCGCAGCAGUUUCCGGUAGACCAUCGAGCUCGCGGGAAAGUUCACCCUCGAAAAAAGUAGGUAAGGUUGAGGUGCAGUCCGAUGUGCACCACCCGAACGGAGGAGCUUCGUCCGUUCAGUUCACGGAAAUUCGGAGCCUAAAGCGUAUCUCGCGCACGAACGAAGCCGUCGGCACUAACAAUGGUACCGAAAUCGGGGACACCAUUUUGAACACGCCGGGAAUCGUCGACCCGGCAAGUGGACGCAUCCUAACGGUUGCGGAAGCGAUUCGGAUGAGGAUACUGGACGUGCGCAGUGGUCUGUUGAAUGUUAACGGUGAGCGGCUGAGUCUGGAAGAAGCCGUACGGCGGCAGUUGAUCCACUCGGAAUUGGCUGACAAUUUGCUUCGGCCGGGUGCGGCGCUGGACCGCGACGGGCGCCCGAUGAGCCUGCUGGAGGUGAUUCAGAAGGAAAUACUCGAAGCGGAAAACGGUUACGACAGCACGGAAAAGCGAAUCAAGGUAACGACCAGCCACGAGCCAUCCCCCGCUAAACGUCCGUGCACUGUAAAAUACAAUGAAAACGAAGCAAAAAGUAUUGUCGAUGCCAUCAAGCAAGGUCUGGUCGAUACCAGCGAGGGUCUCUAUCGUACCGAAACCGGCGACCUGAUCACCCUGGCCGAUGCCUACGAGUUCGGUUACUUGAUUCGCAACGAAACAAUCAAGAUUGCGCCACACACGCUUACGCUGACCGACUCGAUCGGUCAGGGUCUGGUGGACAAUGGUGGUUGGGUCAUUGAUCGUAAUACUGGCGAUACGUUCCGACUAGAUUCAGCCAUCGCGAAGAAACUCGUGACUCCCGAUGUACGGGAAAUUGUGGACACCAAGAGUGACACUAUGAUCACCGUGGCACAGGCACUCGAGCAGGGUAUUUUAAACGCAAAAACCGGUCGCUAUAUGAAUCCACAAACGAAGGAAAAACUUACCUUCACCGAAGCGCGUAAAAAGCAGUUCAUCCGUAAACCGAUGACUUUGAAAGAUGUUUGCGAUUUGAGUUUGUUUGAUAAGAAGGAAAAAAUUGCGUCUCCUACCGGACGUCAACGGGUUAAUAUUCCAGGUGCUAUUAGUUUAGGUGUUUUAGAUAGCGAUAGCAUUAGGUCUGUGUACAAAACCAGGGGUGAAUUGUUGACACUGAAGGAAGCACUGGAGCAGGAAAUAAUCCUGCCCUUCGAAAACCGUUACCGCCAUUUUGAAACCGGCGAAAUAAUGGCGCUUCCGGAAGCGGUCGAUCGGGGCCUAAUUUCGUCGGUUUCCAUUAAAUCGAUUUUCAACAUCGUUGGUUUUAAAAAUCCACAUUCCGGAGAGUUUGUGUCUCUCAACGCCGCACUGGAGCAGAAUGUGGUACGCAAAAAGGACGGCGUGUAUCAGCUUGAUACUGGCAAGGGAGUUUUUGUUACGCUUGAUAGUGCCGUUGCUCAGGAAUUGAUCCGUCCGGAAGUUUACGAAAUGCUCAAUAGAAAAAUCGGAGUUUUUGCCGAAGGUGACCAUGAGCUGUCCCUUUUGGAGCUGGUCUACCACGAUCUAAUCGAUACCAAGACUGGCUUUUUGCGGGAGCACGAAACGGGUAAGGUAAUCCACUUGGAACCGGCAAUCGAGCGUAAAUUUAUCACACCAGAGGGCGCCUUAUUAUUGAUUAGUUUACUGAACAUCACGCUCACGACGGAAACGGUAGUGAAAACCAUCAAACGUUACGUGACGAUUACACACACCGGCGAGCAGGUCGAAUCGCAACCGGAAGUGUUACUCUCGUUCACGGAAGCCGUCCGUCGUGGGUUGAUCGAUGAAAAUACUCGCACGUAUCGGGAUCCCACCACCGGGAACGUGUACUCCGUACAGCAAGCUUUAAACCAUGGCCUUAUCCUGCCAGAUACGGAAGCGAUUCCGGCGUCGCAGGAAACUGGUAGCGCAGUUCCUCCUAGCACUAGUACUAAACCUUUAUCCAUUCCAUUAGAGUUUGAAACACGCGUCACCAAGGGUGGCGCCAAUUCCAAAAACAUUCACAUCACAACCGAAUUCUUAAAUGCGGAACGUAAGCAAACCCAAUCGGUUGAACUUCCAGCGGAAGGUUGGCUGCUUGCGGAGGCAAUUGCCGGGCAGCUUUUCGAUCCCGUUUCGGGUCUUUUCAUUAUUCCCGGAACCGAUCGGUUGGUUAGCUUUGAAGAAUGCAUUAAAUUGAAGAUUAUUAACAGACGAUCUGCAGCCGUUGUUGACCCUUCAAAUCCUCAGCAACAGUUGACGCUUGAUCGUGCUUUGGAGAGAAAAAUUCUUGAUGGCACUGGUCACUAUGCAUUAGUAAAUGGCGACCGUGUAACCAUGAGGGAGGCAAUCGAUCGUGGUAUGAUUGUGUUUGAUCCUAACUUGUCGUCCCCCUUAGACCCCAGAACUAAUCGAACUCUUCAAGUUACUAAAAUAUCCGGUAAGCCGGAUGUGAUCGAGCUUACCAGCUCUGAUAAACAAAAGGCAGUUGAGGUUAAGGGACUUAAAACUCCCGAAAUGCUCAGUCCAGAACCGGUGCAACUUGCACCGGGUAUUAUUUACGACCCAUCCACGGCUUUGGUCAUAUUCACCGAAAACGGCAAAUCGGACAACAUUGUCCAUGCCGUGACGAGUGGUAAAAUCGAUUCCGACUUGGUGAAAAUCAGGGAUCCUAAUAGUGGCGAAAUUAUAACUAUUUCAGAAGCUUUGAAUCGGGGGGUUCUUGACCGGCAAACCGGUGAAGUUACGAACCAUUCGGGCAAACGAAUGGGGUUGAUUGAAGCCGCUCAAGCGGGCGCCGUAAUCGUUUGUGGCGUUCCGCUAAUGGCUGCUGCAGGUGCUCUGGAACUGCUGAAAACAAUGACAGAUCCUAGCACCGGACAGGAAAUUCCAAUUGAAGUUGCUUACGAACGUGGGUUGAUUACCAAAAGUCAAUUACCCAGCCCGGAACGGGCUGCACUUCGGAAAAAAUUAAGCGUUGAAGACAGUAGCAGCAGUAGACGUUCUUCGGAAGGUAUGGUUGUGGUGGUUACUGAUCCAGCUCAGCAACAACAAUAUACGAAGCAACCAGUUGUGCUGCAAAGAAUGCGAAAAUGUGUCCUUCGUCCUAGAGACGCAGCUGAACGAGGGAUUUUGGAUCAAGAAACUCUAGCUAUUCUAGAGGAUCCGAAACUCUCGGAAAGUUCACAGUCGCUUGAGCGACUGAUCGCGUCGGGACUCGUAGAUGGAAAUCGCGGCAAAAUUGUUGACCCACAGCGAGGGCAUACACUUACUAUCAAUGAAGCAAUCCAGCGGGGCAUUCUGGAUCGCCAUGGUACGAAUAAUAUUUUCAUUCCACUGGCCCGGUCUCUAGCGAUUUCAGAGCUGCAUGAUCAAGGUUUACUUAACACCGAUGACUCCAAAAUUUUCCACCCGGAAACGGGACGAUUGCUAACCUUGAGAGAAGCUCUCAUUUGCGAAAUUGUAGAUCCCUAUUCUGACGUUGUGAUUGAGGGUGGGCAAAAGGUUUCCUUGGAGCAAGCAAUAAGUUCCGGUGCGAUCAACGAAGAUCAAUCUACACUCAACAAUGUUAAAUUGGUGACUGCAAUCUCGCAGAACGCCUUCCCGGUUCCGAACUACUCUUCAAAACUUCCUCCAGUUGGUAUGACACUUCCGACAAUUGUGAAACGAAAACUACUGAAUGUUAAGAAAAAAGUUAUUACCCAUCCAGUAACGAAACGCCGCAUGAGUGUCAAUGAGGCAAUCAAAAACGAUUUUGUGAUGGCCGUCCCGUACACACCUCAUGCCGAUGCGAUCAGCAUCGAUGACGCCCUCGACAGAGGGCUGAUCAAUCCCACAACCGAAACGUUCAAAUCCCCCAAAACUUCCGAAGAAAUUCCUCUACAGGAUGCCAUUGAAACGGGUCUGCUGGAGGUGAAACCACUGCCGGAACUGGUCCAAGGUAUGCAGGCAAACAAAGCGAUCACAUCCGUCACGGAAUCGGUUUCCUCCUAUCAUACGAUCACUACGAAAACGGUCGAAAUCCAGUCCGGCUUCGCUCUGAUCUCGGCCAACGAGGUCCAGGACCUGACAACGGGCGAAGUUAUGUCCGUUGCGGAUGCCCGCCAAAAGGGAAUCGUUAGCGAUGAACUCAAAACAACGAAACAAGUUCUGGACGAGGAAGUGAACAUAAACUUUUCGAAUGCUUUGCAGCGGGGACUGCUGGAUGUUAACAGGGGAACGUUCCGUCAUCCGGACAGUGGUGAUGUUAUGAGCAUCUCCGAUGCCGUGGAUCGAGGCUACAUCACUAGUAAAACCGCUAGUAAUGAAGCGCUGAAUCGAUCGCCGGAAAUGGCUCAUAAGACCGUGGAUGUGACUGAGGUUGAUAAUGCCGCCGUUGGCGGGCGUGAGAUUGUGCAUCAAAUAGUUCGAGAGGUCGAUCUAAGUAAGGGAAAAACAGUUCCGGGUGUUGCUCCGGGUCGUGAGUUAGUGCACCAGGUGAUACGAGAGGAUGGUCAAAAACCAAGCAGUGAAAGUAAACUAACAGAAAACUUAAAGGAUGCCGCUAAAUUAGGUCUUAUGGCCGUGGUAGGAGCACCGGUUCUAGGAGGGAUGGCAAUUGCUGGGGCAGUGAAAAAUAUAUUCGAAAAGAAGGAGAAAGAACAAAGUCAAUCUAUAGUUUCUGGUUCCUCGGAGGAUGGUUCUAUGGUAAUGACAGCAACCAGUAGCAGCGAGAAGGUUAGCUCAAUGUCUGUACAGGUGAUAACGAAGACUGUGGAUUUGCCCAGUUUGCCAACGAUAGCAUCUGUUCCGGGUACCGCUGAUGGUACUGAAUCUAUAAAUAAAAUCAGCUCAGGUCCUAGUGAUGUUGCUAAGGAAACUCAAUUAGAGCCUACCACCGUAGUAAAGAAAGAAAUUGAGAUCGUAGAACAGAAAGCAAUCAAUGAGCCUACGAAGAUUGCUGUUUCAGAAGAACCAGUAAUUGUGAAGCAGGAAAUCAUUAAAAACGAACCUUCAGAGGUUUUGAACCAAACUGCCAUCAAAGCAGAAAGCAACGAUGAUCCUUCAGUGGUCUUGAAUCAGGUCGUAUCAAUAGCUGAAUCAGUCGAACCUUUACAACCUGUCAAGGAAAUUCACUCCAAACCCGAUUCAGUUGUAUCUAGGGAGGAACCGAAAGAUCAAGUUGCCUUCCCUAUCGAUAAACCAACGACUAACGAGACGGUCAGCGAUUCCACACCGAUCAGUACACCUCAUUCUAACGAAGCAAAGUUAGAAUCUGUUGGAGAAGUCGGUAAAGAAUCGCAGAUUGAUGGUGACCAAGAUAAAACUUCACCGGAAAAAGACGCUGCGACAAAUUUAUUAGGUAAAGAAAAUGCUCCUACAGAUCAGAAGAAGGGACUACCAAGCGAAACGAUUGUAAGCGAAGUAACUGUAGAAGAACAAAAAGCCGAUGUUGGUCAGGGAACAAAAACUGAAACCUUGAAUAUUAAGGUGGUUGAAUUAACAAUUGAGAGAAGCGAACAGGAUGUUGGAAAACCGCCGGUGCAGGAAACAUCUGAAACACAAACUGUCGUCGUAUCUUCGUCCAACGUUAAAGAUAGCCAACCUAAUGUCGAAGCUACGCUUAUUCCAGACAGAGCUUCUCCGGAAGCUUCUGCGGUAACAAAAUCUCAAGAAUUGGAAGCUAAAAUUGAUCCAGAGCUUGGUGACAAGCCCAUUGAUCAGGAACGGUCAACACAAGAAACCAAAACAGACGUUUUACAGCCUACUAAGACCGAUCAACCCAACACCGAUACAAUGGUAGUGUCAGAUCUAGUUUCUUCUGACGUGCCAGAGUUUUCAGACGUUUCACAGCCUACUGAGACUAAUAAAUCCAAUGCAGAAGGAACGGUAGAAUCAGGUCUAGCUUCUCCUGAAACAUCUGAAUCCAUAAAAUCCAGCGAAUUAGCCGAGUUGAAGGACAAGCCCAUUGACAGUGAACAGCCAGCUACACACAUUGGUCAAUCCAUCGUUGAAGUUACGGUAGCACCGGAAUCAGCUUCUCCUGAUGCACCUUCUGAAUUCACGAAACCCAAUGAAUUGGCAAUUGAAACUGCUCCAGCGGAACAUAAAGACAAACAUAUUGAUGAAAGACAGUUGGCCCCAGAACAUAAACAAGACGUUUCGCAACCAGUAAAUCUCGCUGAUUCCUCGCAAGAAACUACAGGGUCAAAACUAGAAGCAACUGUUGAGCAAGAUAGUCAUAAACUUAUGACUAAACCCGAAGACGAUACUACGACAAAGGAAGUUGUAGAAAAACCAACCAAAACGGGUGAUGCGGAACAAGUCCCUACCGAAACAACUGCAAUCCCGAAUGACGAUACCAAAGAUAAACAAUCAAUAGUGGAUCGCCCACAAAAUCUACCGCGUUUGAUCAGUCAAACCGAUCCCGCCAUUGCUGCUGGUAAACCUACUGAUCAACCUGUUACACACUCGAUUGAGCAACCCCCGGCUAAAGAAUCAUCCACCAGCGACACCGGCAAAAAAGUCCUAGACGCGGCUAAGCUUGGCCUGAUGGCCAUAGUAGGAGCCCCGAUCCUUGCCGGCAAAGCCGUAGUUGACGCUCUGAAAAAAGACCCCGCGGAGGGCGAACCAAAGCCGAACCAAACUAAACCGAGUGUGGCUGCAGCGACGGCUGCCUUCCUCGAGCAGGAACGUGGUUCACCGGGCGAUGGUAGACGAGAAUUCCGCGAGCUCGAACAAGCGAUCAGUGGAAUCAUUGAUCAGCAAGAUCCCAGCGCUGGCAAGCUAAAGACUCCCGAAAAGCAUGUUACUUUCGAAAUUGUGGAACAAACCGAACCGGAACGUCGUCUGCCGAAGGCAGAGACACCAUCGACGCUCGAGCGAAUGACCCUGGGAGAAGCGAUCUCCCAGGGUAAGAUCAUACCGAAGGUAUGCCGCGUCAUGGUGGACGACAAAGAAAUGCCCUACACGGUGGAGGAAGGAUUGAACAAUCGUAACAUACGCAUCUACGAUAUCGUGGAUGUCCUUUCACAGGAGUUGAUUUCCUUCGUUGAAGGUGAACCGGAUAGUUUGACGAUAGACGAAACAUUAACCAAACAAAAACUGAUCGAUUUGGGGGUCCUCGAUCCCGAAACAGGCAGUUUUGUUUCACCGAACACCGGUGAACGGUUAUCGUUCUACGAUCUCAUCUACAACUCAGGUUUGAUUGAUCCGAACACCGUUUUUGUGAAGGAUUUGGGUCGAAACAAGUACGAACAGUUGGGCGGUGCCCUGCAAAAGCACAUGAUUGACAAGCACACGGGUCAUAUGUUGGACAACAAAACCGGUAAAAAGGUUAAAUUCGUUGAGUGCUGCAAGCGCGGCUGGAUAAUUCAGCGCGAACCAUCCAGCGAAAAUCUGGAUCAAUCUCCUACACUGACCGAAGUGCUAGAUGCUGGCCAGUUCAACCCGCAGACGGGAGAAUUCAUUCAGGAUAAUCAAAGCGUCCCAAUAGCUGAGGCACUGCGUGCGGGACUCAUUGCCAACGAGUCCGUUUCCGUGCGAGAUCCAACCGAUGGCGAAAUUGUACCGCUACGAGUGGCGAUCGAACGAGGUAUCAUUGAUUUGAAGUUGGGAGUCAUAUUCAAUCGAGAAACGCAGGAAGAAAUCGACCUCAACGAGGCAUUCAAUCGGGGUUAUAUGUUGGAAGGUAAACGUACGCCAAUUUCGCUGGAGGCGGUUGUGCGUAAAGGUUUGUACAAUCCGGAAUCCGGGUUGAUUUUGGACACAAUCACGGAAGAAAUGGUUGACGUACAGCAGUCCGUUGACAAGGGUAUUGUUGAUCCGAAGAUUUCCAACGUUAAGGACACUAGGGAAAACGUUCUGGUACCGUUGCAAACUGCUUUGGAUAAAAAGUUACUGGAUACUGAGUCGGGCAAGCUUAAGGACACCGAAACGGACGAGCUGGUUCCGCUGAACGUAGCGCUGGAGAAGAAGUUGGUGGACACAAAACAGGUGACGCACAGCUUGAUUGAUGUGUUGAGUAAAGAGUUUUACAAUCCAAAGUCUGGUAAAAUCCUAAACCCCGGCAACGGAGAGGAGAACAUUUUGAAGGAUGCGAUCGGCUCGCAGUUGGUGGAAAUUGAUAGUGUCCUUAUACGGAACGAACAAAUGGAUACGGUCGUGAAGUGUGAGACGGCUAUCGAAACUGGUUUGCUGGAUGACGUGCGAGGCGUUCUGACCAAGCCAGAAUUGACACUUGAUCGCGCCUAUCAGAAAGGUUAUAUUCUUAGCAAUAAAAAACCGAUUUCGUUGACCGAUGCUUUGCUGAGAGGGUUCUACGAGCCUUCCAGUGGGUUAUUCCGCAUUGAAGGGGGUGCGGGUGUCACACUGGAGGAAGCUGUGGCUAGUGGGGAAAUUUCGACUUCCGAUUUGAUAGUGAGGGAUCCUAAGAACCGGGCUGUUAUAACUUUAGCGGAAGCUAUUCGAUGUGAACUGGUGGAUCCAGUUUCGGGAAGUGUUGUUGAUUCUGGUUCUGGACUUAGCAUGGGUAUGCUGGAGGCACUUGAUCGUGGAAUAAUUGUGGUUGCCAAGCGAAGAUGUAGUCUUCCGGAUGCCGUUUUCCGAGGUCUAUAUGAUCCCAAAUCUGGCCAGUUCAGUAGUACGACUACUCCGGAGAAGAUGUCUACGGAGCGUGCUAUAAGACGUGGCAUGCUGGAUCCGGAAUCUACUAUAGUAAAUGUUGCCGGCAAAAUAUUACCCUUCGAGCUUGCCAUUGAAAAUGGUAUGGUGGAUAUUAAGAGAGGUACCAUUGCGGAUGAGGUUGGGAAAAAAAUUGAUUUUAGGGAAGCUUUUGACCGUGGGCUGUUGGUUGAGGUUAGAAAACCGAUCAGCUUGAGCGAAGCAGUUCUGAAGGGUAUCUACCGGGAGAGUAGCGGGCUGUUCAUGGACCCGAAGAGCGGACGCAAGCUAACGUUAUCGCAAGCGAUCGCUGAGAAAGUCAUUGAUCCCCGCUCUGUUCAGAUAAAGGAUCCGGUUACAGGAUUUUACAAGGACCUCGAUUUGGAGGAUGCAAUCCAAACGGACCUCAUUAACGGGGAGAACUCUAACGUUACACAUGGAGAUGAUAAGAUUACACUGAAACAUGCCUUCGAUAUUGGGUUGCUUUACGAUAGCAAUGCUCCGAUCAGUUUGCAAAGGGCAAUUCAUCAGGGUAUUUAUGACGAUAAGAGUGGUAAGAUUGUAGACCCCGUUUCGGGACGUAAGAUUACCCUACACGAGGCCACUAGGAAAUUCGUGAUCAAUCCACAGCUCCCAUGCUACUUUAAUGAAAAGGACGAGAUAAUGCUAAACUUGUUCGAAGCUUGUCGUGCAAAAUUGAUCGAUCGCCGGGAAGGGGUCUUCAAAGAACCGGGUAGUGAAGUUUUCAUUCCACUCAAUGAAGCCUUGGCCCUCGGGCUAAUCGUGGACAUUGAAAGCGCUGGUUUUGGGUUGUACGAAACGCUUGCAAUGGGUUUCUACGAUAAAAAGAGCGGCAAAAUUGUGCACCCGAUAACCAAUCGCAAGAUUACGCUGGAAGAAGCCUGUCGCGAAGACAUCGUAAACCAAUCGUCUUCGGUUGUGAAAAAUACUCUAACCGGAAAGUACGUCAGACUAGACGAAGCCGUAAGUGCCAAGAUCAUUGACGAUCGGGAAGGUGUGUACGUUCUUCCCAAGGGAAACACAAUAGACCUACAGGAGGCCAGACGGAAAGGCCUAAUUGUUACUAAUCAGAAGCUGCUUUCUCUAGAGAAAGCAAUCAAAUUGCAAUUAUAUCGGCAAGAUUCCGGAACUUUUGUCGAACCCAUAUCUGGUGAGCUUAUGAAUUUGCAAGAAGCAUUGGAUAGUGGAUUGUUAGAUUUUGAAACUACGGUUUACAAAGAUGCGGUAACGGGUCAAGAUAAGCCUCUAAGAACAGCCAUUGCAGAUCAGGAUGUAGAUGUAGAGAAGGGCAAAGUUGUAGAUCACAAGUCAGGUAGAAUGUAUAAUUUCGAUGUAGCAUUGAACAAAGGUCUGUUAGUAAGCGUGCAGAAACCGAUUACAGGCAAAAUUCUAGAGCGAAAGGAGAGCAUAGAUAAUUUGUUGCAAGAAUCACCAAUUGGUAAGAGUCCUCGGGAGAUGAGUUUGAAGGAUACGCUGAGAUAUGAUAUAUUAUCGAUCGACAGAUCAGUCAUGAAAGACCCGAAGAAUCGUUUAUUCGUUCCGUUGAAGGUAGCUCUACAGGAAAAUCUUAUUUCGGAUGAAAGCCGUGCCACAAUUGAUCCUAAAUUGUCAUUCUUCGUGUUCGAAGGCGAUCGUAUCGUUUAUGUCCGUGAACCGUUGACAUUUGACCAAGCAGUUGAAUCUAGUCUACUGGACCUAUCGACCGGUAAAUUUUUGUACAAAUCUCCAACUCCAAUUGGUGGUGGUGAAACAACCGACGACGGUAGUCUUGUCGAACUGGUGAACCUUAAGGAUGCGAUCGGUCAAGGUUUUAUCGACCCGGAGUCGGUACUGUUGAAAGACGGUGCCAAAAAGAAGUUGCUCCCGUUGCCGGAAGCAUUCCGUAAGGGUCUGAUCGAUGCCGAAAAGUCCAAUGUGCUCGAUACCAACACGUCCAAGUUAACACCCCUGCAGCAGGCAGUCGAUACUGGUCUCUUGAUUACUCCGAAUCGUGCCAUCUGCCUGAUGGAUGCUCUUGACUAUCACUUGUACAAUAACGAACGCGGUACUUUCGAGGACCCGUUCAAUCCUAACCAACACAAAACUCUAAACGAAUCCAUCCAAUCCGGGCUAAUUGAUCCAACAACAACAAUGGUGCGUGACAUUAGUAACAAUAGUGCGAUAAUACCGUUGCUUACCGCCGUUGACAACGGUCUAAUCGAUCCGGUUCGUGGGCAUUUUAAUAUCGAAACUGAGCAAGUUAAUAUUGACCUAGUGAAAGCCCGCAACCGAGGAUAUCUCAUACUAGCAGAGCAGCGGCAAGCGGUUGUAGAGAAGUUUGCACUGUGUGAGGAUCAUCUGUCGAAACUGCUGGAAUGGAUCACCAAGGUUGAGCAGGUUAUUGCUGCUGUCGGCGGACCUAAGGAACGUGUCGAUGAUCUGAGAAACCAAAUUAAUUCACUCAAGCAAAUCAAGGAUGACAUUGAUGUUCAAUCGCGUCCGGUUGCCUCCUGUCUGGAGCAGGUACGCCAGUUGGUGCUCACCGGAGGGGACGUACUGAGCGCUCCGGAGGUUGCCGCACUCGAAAGUUCGGGUCGCGAGCUGCGCUCCCGUGUAGACAAAGCGCAAGAUCGUACCGGCAAGUUGCUUCGGCGACUGGGAUCCGCCCGUGAUGAGUUGGGAAAACUUCGUUCCGAGCUGGAUACAUUCUCUGGCUGGCUGCAAACGUCCCGCCGUACCCUGGAGGACAAGGAGAAUACCAUUUCCGACUUGACUCGGCUUUCGUCGCAAUCGGAGUCAGUUAAGGAAUUCCACGGCGAUGUUGUGGCCCAUCAGGCCGACCUACGGUUCAUCACUAUGUCCGCUCAAAAAUUCGUUGACGAGUGCAAGGACUAUCUGGGUGUGCUGAAUGAUUUCCGUACGACGCUGCCCGAUCGUCUGCCGCACAUUGAACAAAUUUCAAGUUCAGACAGUCCAAUUCGGCAGGAAGUGUCCCUAGUUACCGCUCAAUACCGCGAUCUUUUGAACCGUGCGAAUACCUUACUGGAUCGUCUUGCUGGUUUGGGUGGUCGUCAACGCGACUAUCAGGAAGCGUUGGAAAAAGUACGUUCCUGGCUGCGAGACGUGCAGCCAAGGGUUUCCUCUGUACUCUCGGACCCGAUUGCUGCUGAUCCUCAAUCCGUGCAGGAUCAGAUGAAUCAAACCAAAGCACUGCAGAAUGAAUUCCUUUCCCAGGGACGGCUUAUCGACAACGUUCAGCAUAGCCUGGAUGCUCUGCUGAAAUCACUGGCUGGACGCCUCAGUCCGUCUGAAGUCUCUGCAUUGGAAAUCCCCGUUGAAGACGUCAAACACAAAUACAAUAAUCUCCUUGAAGGCCUUGCCGAUCGUUCCAAGCUGUUGGAUACCGCCUUAGUACAGUCUCAAGGUGUUCAGGAUGCGCUGGAUGGGCUCUCCAGCUGGAUCAACCAGUCGGAAGACAAGUUUAAACUUCAAAACCGUCCGGCCUCCCUAAUCAAGGAAAGAUUGAACGAACAGGUGCGUGAACAUCGAGGUCUCCUAAACGAUUUGGAGUCUCAUCGUACUAGUUUGGAAAGCGUCACCCUGUCGGCACGCGAACUAAUGUCUACCGCCUCAAACGCCCGAUUGGCAAAGAGAAUCGAAACCAAUCUAACCGAUGUCACUGGCAGAUUUGAAAAACUACUAGACAAAGCUCUUAAGCGCGGCGAAUUUCUUGAGGAUACCUUGGCUCAGCUGAACCGGUUCAACGCGGAUGCCUCCGUCCUGGAGCAAGAGCUGUCCAAUCUUCAGGAAGCUUUGGAAGGACGGGAAUUGACAACACUACCAGCCGAAACGUUGGCACAGCGAAUGAUUGAACUCUCGAAAAAUAAGGAACAUCUACGCCCCCUGUACGAGAAUUGUGUAAAACUGGGCAAAGACCUGAUUGCUAAGCGUGACGUCACCGAUACUGGAGUGGUACGAGAUCGCAUCAAGGCACUCGAGAAUGCUUGGAAGAACUUAGAGGUAUCGCUAGACGAAAAGCUGAAACUUUCCAAACAGAAAGCUGAGCAACUGAAUGCAUACGAAGACGUUAAGGAUCAAGUACUGGUCUGGUUGUCCAGCAUCGAAACUCGCACGAACAACCUGGCUCCUGUAUCGGUAGACAUCGAAACCAUUAAGUAUCAGAUCGAAGAAGUAAAACCCUUAGUUAAAGAGCACCGAGAUUAUGCGGUAACCAUCGAUAAAGUCAACGAUCUUGGCGCCCAAUACGAUGCUCUGAUCCGUCCCGAUAGCCCUACCCGGAAGCGUUCCGCUUACAGUCCUAUCAAACGAUCGACGGUUAGUCCAAUGCGUCGACUUUCGGGAGAAACGCGAUCACCUAGUCCCACCAAGUCACUGUUGGUAGGACAAAGUCCAACGGUGUCUCCGCUAUCUCCCGGUGGAUCGAGCGGAUUCGGUAGCCGGCGGUCGUCGCAAGAUGGCUUCCAGCUAACCGAUCUGACACCGAUUCAGCAACAGUUGACAGAGAUCAACAAUCGAUACAGUUUGGUCGGGGCUCGCCUAAACGAUCGUCAGAACGAGCUGGACUCAGUGCGGGAUGAAAUACGCAAACAUCAGGAGAGCCUGAAGACUUUGGCCAGUUUCCUGGAUAAGAUACAACGCCAGGUUCCGAAGGACGUCAUAAGCAACAAAGAGGAAGCUGAAAGAUGCAACAAACAGGCGAGGAAAGUGUUGGAAGAAAUGUACGAGAAACAGAGCUUACUGGACUCGACCAAGGCACAGGUUAAAGAUUUGUUGAAACGCAAACCAGAUGUGCAGGGAGCAGAUCGACUUCGCUCCGAGCUGGAUUCCGUUGCAGACCGAUGGAAGAAUCUUCACGACUUGUGUAAGGAUCGUAUCAAUUUCUCUGAACAGUUACGCGACUUCCUUGAGACACAUGAUACCUUAACGGCUUGGCUCGCAGCCAAAGAACGUAUGGUAACCGUUCUUGGGCCCAUUUCCUCGGAUCCACGUAUGGUAGAAAGCCAAGUUCUGCACGUGCAGGUUCUGCGAGAGGAAUUCCGCGGACAGCAGCCACAGCUGAAUCAUCUACAAGAAGUGGGAGGCACCGUUCUAGAAUACCUGCGAGAUUCACCUUCGGAAGCCCAAUCGGUUUCGAACAAGCUGAAGAGUGUUCAGAAGAAAUGGGACGAUUUGGUUAGCCGCUUGGAUGAACGCGCCCAGAGCUUGGGAACAGCUGCGGACACUUCCAAGGAAUUCGAUGCCGGUCUCAAUCGUCUACGCGAAGCUUUGCAGAACAUUAGUGAUAACUUAGAUGCCCUUCCAACGGAUCGUGACCGACAGGAAACUCUUCGUAAGAUUGAAAACCUAGAACGACAACUCGAAGGCCAACGUCCGUUGUUGGCGGAUCUGGAAGCGGCCGGUGAAGCUCUCUGCCGAGUGCUCAGUGAUCCCGCUUCUAGAGCUGAUGUCAAUGCCCGUGUGGCAGCCGUCGGUAAGCAGUAUCAGAACCUACAGAAAAAGCUUGAUCUUAGAAAAGCCGAAACUGACUCCGCUUUGCGCGAUGGACGUCAAUUUGCCGAAUCCUGUGCCCGUACCCUCGGUUGGUUAUCUGGUGAACUAGGUAAUCUGACCGAUCGCUUGCUAGUAUCAGCACAUCGUCCAACGCUGCAACACCAAAUUGACAACCAUGAACCGAUUUACCGAGAGGUGAUGAGCCGAGAACACGAAGUCAUUAUGCUGUUGAACAAGGGACGCGAACUCCACGAGAAACCCGGCCAAAGCCCCGAUCGUGCCGUACAACGUGACUUGGAGAAGAUCUCCCAGCAAUGGGACCGACUGCGAAAUGCCGCCGUUGAUCGCCAUUCGCGUUUACAAACCUGCAUGGAACAUUGCAAGAAACAUGCCGCAGCUUCAGAAGCGUUCCUAUCCUGGCUGCGCAGUGCAGAGGACAAAUUGGCAUCGUUCAAGCCGGGCGUUCUUAAAAAAUCACAGCUUGAUCAGCAACUGAGAGAAUUGCAAACGUUCCGGUCGGAUGUUUGGAAGAAAUCCGGCGAGUAUGAGAACACGCGUGGUUUAGGUGAGGCGUUUAUUGCUGCUUGUGACAUAGACAAGGAACCGAUCAAAGCAGAACUGCAGGAUAUGAAGGACCGUUGGGAACGGUUGAACAAUGAGCUGCUCAUCCGGGCGCAGACAAUCGAAACGUGUGCUAAACGAUUGGGAGACUUUAACGAUGAGUUGCGUGAUCUGGACCACGCGGUCGGACGCUGUGAAGAUCGUUUGGCUGCGCACGAUGCGUUGGGCGGUGCCGCCAAGGAUCCUCGGCUGUUGGAUCGGGUUAAGACGAUCAAGGAGGACGUUGCUGGGCUGAAGAAACCACUUCAGGCUGUUCGCAAACUGGCGGGUGAUAUCGCCGUCGAAGCUCGCUCCGCUGGUGGCGAUGCCGAUCAUUUGAAGUCGGAGGUAGAUGGAAUCGCGGAUCGUAUCGAAGAUCUUCACGCUCGAUUGGACGACCGUUGCGGAGAGUUGCAAUCGGCUGCUACGGCUGUUUCGCAGUUCAAUGAUGCUGUCAAAGCGCUGGGUGUUGAUCUGAACGAUCUGGAGACUCAAAUUGAUUCGUUGGCGCCUCCGGCGCGUGAAAUCAAAACCGUGAUCAAUCAGUUGGAUGAGGUUGCUACUAUUUUGAGUAAGAUCGACCGUACGGCUAGUCAAGUGGCUAUUGUAGAACGUGCUGGAGAACAGUUGGUUGAUUCUGGAUUUGCUCCUGAUACGGUUGCGACACGCGAUCAGAUCAGCGUGGUUAGGAAGCAACUAGGAAAGCUCGAGAAUCGUGCCCGUGAUCAUGAUGACGCUCUGCAAAAGGCGUUGAAGGCACUGCAGAAGUUCUACGACAUCCAUCAGAACACACUGGAUACGUUGAUCGAUGUGGCGGAUCAGGUUAAGAAGUUCAAACCGGUUAGUUCCGAGUUGGAGCAAAUCCGUCACCAGCAGGAAGACUUCCGUCGGUUCAAGCAGCGUCAUGUGGAGCCAUUGGUUCAAAAUAUCGAUGAAGUCAACCGCACUGGGCAGGAUCUCAUUCGAUCCGCACAAGGAGGCGUUCCAACUGGUGUUUUGGAGAAAGAUUUGGAAAAGAUUAACGAUAAGUGGAAUGAUCUAAAGGAGAAGAUGAACGAACGCGAUCGUCGGUUGGAUGUUGGUUUGCUGCAGUCGGGCAAAUUCCAGGAAGCACUGGAUGGCUUGUCCAAGUGGCUUAAGGAUACGGAAGAAAUGGUUGCAAACCAAAAACCACCAAGCGCCGAUUAUCAGGUGGUUAAGGCGCAGCUUCGCGAGCAGAAAUUCCUCACUAAGAUGCUGAUGGAUAGGCAGAACUCGAUGUCAUCGCUAUUCCAGCUAGGUCAAGAGGUUGCCGCGGGAUGCGAACUUUCGGAAAAAGCCGCAAUCGAGCGUCAGCUGAAGGAAUUGAUGGGUCGUUUCGAUGCGCUGACUGAUGCCGCUCAAACUCGAACGCUUGAUUUGGAGCAAGCUAUGCAUGUUGCGAAACAAUUCCAAGACCAACUUAAUCCACUUACGGAAUGGUUGGAUGGUGCGGAACGUGCCGUUAAAGCAAUGGAACUGGUUCCAACCGAUGAGGAACGGAUUCAGCAGCGCAUUCAUGAACACGAACGAUUGCAUCAUGAAAUUCUCUCCAAGCAGCCCGACUUUAGCGAGCUAGCAGAUAUUGCCGGACAAUUGAUGGAGCUGGUAGGAGAUAAGGAAGGUGAGGUGCUAAGUAAGAAGGUCAAGGAUACCACUGACCGAUACACAGAUUUGGUGCAAGCCAGCGAGGAUAUUGGACAAAUUUUGAGCGACUCUCGACAGGGUCUGCGUCAUUUGGUGCUGACCUAUCAGGAUUUGGUUUCAUGGAUGGAAAGCAUGGAAAACCGUCUUCAACGAUUCCGUAUCAUUCCGGUGCAUACCGAGAAGCUUCUGGAACAGAUGGACGUACUGGUUGCGUUGAACGAAGAUAUCGCCAGCCGGUCGCCUAAGGUUGAAUCUACCGUUGAAGCAGGAUCGGAACUGAUGAAGCACAUUUCGUCGGAUGAAGCACUACAGUUGAAGGAUAAACUUGAUUCCUUGCAAAGACGAUACGGUGAGCUGACCAGCAAAGGAGGUGACCUGUUGAAACGUGCACAAGAUGCGUUGCCGUUGGUUCAGCAAUUCCAUCAGUCCCACAUUCGGUUGGUCGAUUGGAUGCAAGCAGCGGAAUCUACGCUAGCCACUGGAGAUUUCAACGAAUCGGAUAUUAUGCGUUUGGAAGCUGAUCUGUCGGAAGUGCGACCCGUUCUGGAAUCCGUGAACUCUAUUGGUCCGCAGUUGUGUCAAAUUUCGCCUGGAGAAGGCGCAUCGACUAUCGAAGGAAUCGUAACCCGUGACAACCGACGAUUCGAAGCAAUUGUUGAGCAAAUCCAGAGGAAGGCUGAGCGUCUGCAUUUGAGUAAGCAACGAUCCAACGAAGUUACUGCGGUUAUUGAUGGACUCUUGGAGUGGUUCCGUGAGAUGGAUGCCACACUACGUGAUGCUGAUCCGCCGGCAAUGGAACCGGAAUUGGUUGAGCUUCAGCUGAAAGAACAUCGCCAUAUUAAUGAUGAAAUUUCCAUUGAGAAGGGUCGCGUUCGAGAUGUUACUGCAACAGCAAAGAAGGUUCUUCGGGAGUCCCAACCAAACAAUAAUACCAUUGCACUACGGGAGAAGUUGGAAGACCUUAAGGAGGUAGUGGAUACGGUCGCUGGACUGUGCUCAAAUCGGUUAGCCAUUCUCGAGCAAGCAGUUCCGCUGUCGAAUCACUUUGCCGAUUCGCAUAAUGGGCUAGUCAGCUGGUUGGACGAUAUGGAGCAUCAAAUUUCCAUGCUUGCGAUGCCUGCGUUGCGUCUUGAUCAAAUCGCCAUCCAGCAGGACAAAAACGAACGACUCACGCAGUCGAUUGCUGAGCACAAACCGCUGCUGGAUAAGUUGAACAAAACAGGCGAAACGUUGAUUGGCCUGGUUGCCGAAGACGAUAUUCUGAAAAUCAGAGGCAUUCUCGAAUCGGAUAACGCCCGUUAUGCCGCUUUACGUACCGAACUGCGCGAACGUCAGAAUGCUCUUGAGAAAGCACUGCAAGAAUCUAGUCAGUUCUCCGAUAAGCUGGAAGGUAUGCUUCGAGCACUGCAAAACACCGCCGAACAAGCCAACCAGUCUGAUCCGAUUUCCGCUCACCCGCCGAAGAUUCGUGAUCAGAUAGAGGAAAAUGCUGCCCUGAUUGAAGAUAUUGAUAAACGAAGCGAAGCUUUCGCUGCUGUCAAACGAGCCGCUACGGACGUGAUCUCGAAGGCUAGCAAUCAAGCCGAUCCAGCCGUGCAAGAUAUCAAGAAAAAACUGGAUAAACUGAAUAACUUGUGGAAUGAACUACAGAAAACAACAUCACAGCGGGGCACUUCGCUGGAUAAGACUCUAGCGAUGGCCGAUAAAUUCUGGAAAGAGAUGCAAGCCGUCAUGGAAACUCUGAAGGAGUUGCACGAAGUGCUGCAAACGCAAGAACCGCCGGCAGCUCAGCCGCAAGCCAUCCAGAAACAGCAGGUCGCCCUGCAGGAAAUCCGGCAGGAAAUUGACCAGACCAAACCGGAGGUGGAGCAGGUGCGUCGCACCGGAAACAACUUGAUGUCACUGUGCGGUGAGCCGGACAAACCGGAGGUUAAGAAGCACAUCGAAGACCUGGAUCAUGCCUGGGACAACAUCACGGCACUGUACGCCAAACGGGAGGAGAAUUUGAUCGAUGCCAUGGAAAAAGCGAUGGAGUUCCACGAAACGCUGCAGAAUUUGCUCGCGUUCCUGGCCAAGGCGGAGGAUCGUUUCCAGAAGCUGGGCCCACUGGGUGCGGACAUCGAGGCGGUCAAGAAGCAAAUCGAACAGCUCAAGCACUUCAAGGACGAUGUCGAUCCGCACAUGGUAGAGGUUGAGGCACUGAACAGGCAAGCGAUCGAGCUGACCGAGCGAACAUCGGCGGAGCAGGCGAGUGCGAUACGGGAACCGCUGAAUGCCGUCAACCGGCGCUGGGAGAACCUGCUGCGCGGUAUGGUCGAGCGCCAGAAGCAGUUGGAGCAUGCUCUGUUGCAUCUGGGUCAGUUCCAGCAUGCGCUCAACGAACUGCUGGUUUGGAUUAGCAAAACCGACGCCAAUCUGGACGAGCUGAAGCCCAUUCCGGGCGAUCCACAGUUGCUGGAGGUUGAACUGGCUAAGCUGAAGGUGCUGGCCAAUGAUAUCCAUGCCCAUCAGAGUUCUGUGGACACACUGAACGAUGCUGGUCGUAAGCUGAUUGAGAACGAUCGUGGAUCGCUGGAAGCCUCAACCACGCAAGAUAAGCUGCAACAGUUGAACAAACAGUGGCGUAAUCUUUUGCAAAAGGCAGCCGAUCGUCAGCACGAACUGGAAGAAGCUUUACGGGAAGCUCAAGGUUUCACAGCCGAGAUUCAAGAUCUGCUCGGAUGGUUGGGUGAAGUGGAUGCCGACAUUGGCGCGAGCAAACCGGUUGGAGGGCUACCGGAGACUGCCAUCGAGCAGCUGGAGAGAUUUAUGGAAGUUUAUAACGAGCUAGAGCAGAACAGACCAAAGGUGGAAACGUUAAUUGCCCAAGGGCAGGAUUAUGUCAGAAGACAGACGCAGCUGCAGGUGUCUGCUAGCAAUUUGCAGCACACGCUGAGGACUUUGAAGCAACGUUGGGACGCAGUCGUUUCCAGAGCUUCCGACAAGAAGAUUAAGUUGGAAAUUGCUCUGAAGGAAGCCACCGAAUUCCACGAUGCUUUGAAGGCGUUUGUCGCGUGGUUGACCGAAGCGGAGAAGCAACUUUCUUCCGCAUCCGCUGUAUCGCGCGUGCUGGAAACAAUCCAACAGCAGAUGGAGGAGCAUAAAAUCUUGCAGAAGGAUGUAUCCAUUCACCGGGAAUCGAUGCUGCUACUGGACAAAAAAGGAACUCACCUGAAGUACUUCAGUCAGAAGCAGGAUGUAAUUUUGAUUAAAAAUCUACUGGUUUCUGUACAGCAUCGCUGGGAACGCGUCGUAGCGAAGGCUGCGGAGAGAACCCGUGCCUUGGAUCAUGGUUACAAAGAAGCCCGGGAGUUCCACGAUGCUUGGUUGCAGUUGACCUCGUGGUUGAAGGAAACCGAAACCACGCUGGAUACGCUGGCAGAAGAAACCAGCAACGAUGCCGUCAAGAUCAAGAAACACCUGGAGAAACUGCGAGAAAUUCAACGACAGCUGCAAGCAAAGGAGAGCUUCUACGAUAGCACAAUGCGCAGCGGAAAGGGUCUGAUGGACCGCGCCCCGAAAUCUGACGAACCGGUACUGUCUAAGAUGAUGAGCGAACUGAAGGAUUCCUGGAAACGUGUGUGCCAUAAGAGCGUCGAGCGUCAGCGCAAGUUCGAGGAGGCUUUACUGCUGUCUGGUCAAUUUGCCGAUGCUCUACAGGCACUGCUCGAGUGGUUGCGAAAGGCAAAGACGCGCCUAUCCGAAGACGGGCCAGUGCAUGGGGAUCUCGAUACGGUUACAACCCUGUUCGAACACCACAAGCAGCUGGAAUCCGACUUGGAUAAACGAUCCGCACAAAUGCAAAGCGUCAUGAAGACCGGUAAGGAUUUGGAGAAAUCGGAUGAAACCAGAGAAACCACCAAGAACCUGAAGGAACUGCAAAAACUGUGGGACGAUGUUCAGAGUCUGAGUACCCGUCGUAAGUCCCGUCUGGAGGUGGCACUGAAGGAAGCGGAACGCUUGCACAAAUCGGUUCACAUGCUACUCGAAUGGUUGUCGGAAGCCGAACAGAAGCUGCGCUUCGUUGCUGCCGCCCCGGACGACGAAAGCCAAGCCAACGAUCUGCUGGAUGAGCACGCUCGAUUCAUGAAGGAGCUACGCGAGAAAGAGUACGACAAGGAAGAAACCCUUGGUUUGGCCAACGCGAUUCUAGGCAAGGCCCAUCCGGAUGCCGUCCCCAUCAUCAAGAACUGGAUCUCGAUCAUCCAAUCGCGGUGGGACGAAAUUUCCCAGUGGGCUCUGAACCGACAGAGCAAGCUGGAAGCGCAACUGAAAUCGCUCAAGGAUCUUGAUGAUUCGAUCGAAGAACUGUUGGCUUGGUUGGCAGGUUUGAAGGGAACUUUGCUGAAUCUAGCGCAGGAACCUUUGCCGGACGAGAUUCCACCACUGGAAGCACUGAUUGCCGAUCAUAAGGAGUUCAUGGAAAACACCGCCCGUCGGCAGAGCGAAGUGGAUCGUGCCUGCAAGCCACGGCAACCACCGCCCGGCCUGAAGGAAGCCCGAAAACCUUCUCGGGGUGCGCUGAAAACACCAGUUAGAGGAUCACAACCUGAUUUGCGCGAGCAUUCACCAGAUUACGGCACCCUAGGAAGAAAGCAAAGUUUCAAAGGAUCACGCGAUCAAGGGCUUAAUUCACGUCGUACAAGUCGCGUGAGUCCCGGACGUGAAACCCAGACGCCGGAGAGGGAUCGCCUGCCGCACUACGGUCCACGCUUUUCGCCAAGCAACCAACCGGAGACCGAACUGCGUUCGCCACGUGCCAAGCUGCUGUGGGAUGAGUGGCGCCACGUCUGGAUGCUGGCAUGGGAACGUCAGCGCCGGCUGAACGACCAUUUGCUCUACCUGCAGGACCUGGAGCGUGUCCGGCAGUUUAGCUGGGAGGAAUGGCGCAAGCGGUUCCUCAAGUUCAUGAAUCACAAGAAAUCCCGGCUGACGGAUCUGUUCCGCAAGAUGGACAAGGAUAACAACGGACUGAUCCCGCGGGAGGUCUUCAUCAACGGAAUUAUCGAUACGAAGUUUGACACGUCCAAGCUGGAGAUGAACGCCGUAGCUGAUCUUUUCGAUCGCAACGGAGAAGGACUGAUCGACUGGCAGGAGUUUAUCGCAGCCCUACGGCCCGAUUGGCAGGAUCGUAAGCCAGCAACCGAUGCGGACAAGAUCCACGAUGAGGUUAAAAGGUUGGUAAUGUUGUGCACGUGUCGACAGAAGUUCCGAGUGUUCCAGGUUGGCGAAGGCAAAUAUCGGUUUGGAGAUUCCCAGAAGUUACGUCUUGUGCGUAUUCUAAGAAGUACUGUGAUGGUUCGCGUUGGAGGAGGUUGGGUAGCUCUUGACGAAUUCUUAGUCAAGAACGAUCCAUGCAGAGCCGAUGAGCAUCUGGCCGAACUGAUGCCAAUAUUUGAGCAAUUGCGCGCUCAAGGUAACUUGCCCUGUACAUAUCCGCUACAUGUGACCUCCAGUGGGACCGCCUUCAUGCGCGGUGGUUCUCGUUCCACUCCACUCAGUCCGCAUGCCCCUCACUGCCAUCCGUCGACGCAUUGGGUUCGGGAACGGUCGUCGAAAUCUAUUUCGAUGUCGCGUCCGUCUCGAUCAUCGCUGUCGGCUUCCACGCCCGAUUCGCUUAGUGAUAACGAAAGUAGCAUAGGAACUCCGGGCCGCUUCCAGACGCCCAACCGCAAAACUUCAGUGCCAAUAAGAUCUCAGAUGACCCCCGGUGGCUCAAGGACCAACUCGAGACCCAGUUCGCGACCAGCUAGUCGAGCCGGAUCGAAACCACCGUCCCGUCAUGGAUCGACUCUGUCACUGGACAGCACCGACGAUGCGACACCUUCCAAAAUUCCAACUCGACGCAUUACCAAUACAACCACGCCGAGACCAUCGCGAUUGUCAGUAAGUUCGACCGGUGGAGUGACUAGGCCUACAACAACUACAAAUGGCGUCUCGUCUCGGACGGCGUCAGGAGCAGCUUCGCCUGCACCCACGAGAAACGGUGGCAUGAGUCGAUCAUCCAGCAUACCUACACUAAUAGGACUACCAAAUAGCAGCCAACGCUCACGGAUUCCAGUGAGACAGACGUCCAACGUUUCGAACUCGUCCUCAGUAACGGGGAAAACCAGCGGAACAUCCACCCCGUCCGGAAUGCAGACCCCCCGGCGUACGUCGGUAGAGCCGCAAACGCCGGGCAGUGCACGGCCGGACCGCAGCUCGCGGGGGACCACGCCCAUCGAGAAACGUGCACCGUUCCGGUUGUAGGAAGGAUGGACCGGAAACGAUCAUUAUAGAAAUGACAUUCGAUGACGAUUCGAACAACACGAUCCGAUCCGAAAUAAGAAAGAAAAAAAAACAAAACACGCCGCCGUGCUUACCCCCACUAACCCCCCCACAACUUGCGUUGUUGUUUAGCAAAUAGCUAUGGCGGAGAGUGCUACGUGUGUCUCUGACUCUGACACGGAAGGACAGAUACAAGUCAUCACGCCGCGAAGGAGUUCGAUCUCUCCGCCGAAUCGGAUAUCGUCAUCGCCUACUAAUCAGUUCAAAAUAUCUUUUUUUUGUUUUUUUUUGCGUAAUAGCUUAAGAUUUGCUUUUCUUCGCGUAGAAGAAUUUAAACAAAAAACUGCAAUACUAAUCAAAGAAUGAUGAUUAGAGCUUUCGGAACAGAAUUUGGAACAUUCUUUAUAAUUUGUUAUUAAACGAAGAAAAACCAGUGAAGUAGAGCAGUCCCCUAACCGCAGAAAGAAGAAAAAAUCAGCCAACAAAGAGUGUACAUAUUUUAGGAUAGGAAGAGAAUAAAAGAUGUAAAAUUUGUUUGUUUCACCACAUAGAAAGAGAGAGAAGGAAAGAGAGAGAAAAGUCAAAGACAGCUUCUUGUUAGUGGUUGUAACCAGGAAAAAAAAACAGAGUGCAAUCAUUCGACUUGCUAAAUGACUUGCUUUCUGCGUACUAAAUAGGGGACUUUAAAAAAUGAUCCCACCCAUCGCCCCGGCCUAAGCCGGAGCACGGGUUGAAGAAACUCGCCAGUUCUUCAACUCAUGCUUCGUCUUCGGCCUUUGGGGAUGUGGCCGUGGACAAGAGUUGUGUGCGAAUAAUUACCACGUGUUCAACAAAAAUCGGAUCGAGUGAAUGUUUGCGAGUGAGUGCUGAAUAGUGUUUUUUUUGUUUUCGUAUUUUUAAAUUUGUAUUUAUUAUUUAUGCGAUAAGAAGGUUUAUUUUUUAUUUUUUCAACCUUAAAAUUUGUUUUAUUUGCUUGCACGGAGAAGGAUCGCCAGCCUUCUUCGGUAACCAAAUGGAACAUGGAAACGUUUAACGCAAUUUUGUUCGUUUUGUUUUGUCGCUAGUCGUGAGGUGUUCUUUCGAAAUAGGCCUAUCACCCUUGGGAAGGACGAAGAAUCGCCAGCUUUUUCUUUUCCACUUGGUUGAAGGCCUCUUUAGCGCGAUAAUAUCUCACUGACGGAUAAAUCCAAAAUAAAUCAACCGUUUAUUUUGCUGUUUUGCGAAGUUAUGAAGCCUUGGGUUCGAGCUUUUUAAACUGCAAAAAGAAAAAAAAAUGCCGAACUAACGUUAGAUAUAAACGUUUAAGCAGUUAUUAAUUCAUUAACUAUUACAACAAAAGUCAUUUAGCUGUGUAAGACAAGUAUAUUAUUAGGUCUAUAUUGCAAAUAAUAAUUAAACUAAUAAGCCCAAUUGCUAAACUGUUUUUUUGUAACGGAAGUUGAAAAUUAGAUUUUUUAACAAAAAGGAAAAAAAGAGUAAAAAAAUUACAUUACACGUAUGAUUUAAGAUAACGAAACCACGUAAGACAGAUAACUACUACUAGCUUACAAAUUAACUUCACAAAUAUUUCAGCUAUGGCAGUUAAAAUUUUACUACAUGUGAUUCAGAAUUUAACAAUGUAAAAAAAAAUCUCAUAAAAAUAAUAAAUGAAAAUGAAUAA